CGUCUUUUGCUUAAUAGACUCCACACUACACGCCGUUUUUGUGCUUUAAAGACUCCACUACACGCCGUUUCAUAAGCAGACAAAAUCCCGUGUAGGGAGAGAGUCCAAUCGAUCAAACUUGUCACUAAUCUUUCUCCGACAAACCCUGCCUGAGACUCCGAGGAAUAAGACGACUUUGCCAUCCACUGAAAGCAUAACUCCUCUCGAUAAAAGAUCGAUUCGGUUCACCGGUCUCGUCUCUCACCGAAAAGCUUCUGACAACCUUCCAACUUGAGGAAGACGAGUCGUCGCUGGAGAAUAUACUAGACGAAUGGAGGAGCUGGAUUUUUUCAAGUCCCCCGACGAGUUUCCACCAAGACGUGGUGGCUAUGGCCUGGUACAUGUAGAUUGUGUUGGAAAGCGUGGAUACACUAACAGUGCCUUGGUGAAUCUUUAUGCCAAGCUCGGCCUUCAUCGCUACAACUGGUUAGAGGGGACAAACUUUGAGCUAGAUAGCAUAAUGAAAUUCAACAUGCGUGGUGCUGCAUCUCCUUACUACAUAACUUUGGUUGCGUGCCUUCCAUCCAGCGGUUUGCAGCAGAUCUUUCAGGUUCUCGUAGAGGAAGAACGUCUUGGCAUUUUAGAUUUGACAUGCCCCAUCUCUAGACCUCAAGGGACCGAGAGUUCAAAGAAGGAGUCAACUCCUUUCUUACGUCCACAUUCCGAGCCAGUGUCUGCUACCCACCAAGACAGAUUGCUUGGCUGGACCAAGUCAGUAAUUCCAUGGCCCUCUUCCGAGAUUGGUUUCAGUGACACAAAGCGUUUUUACAUGUUGAAUGAAUCUGAGUUGCAAUGUGAUUGGAUUUCUUUGUAUGUGGAACUUGCAAUCUGUACUUCCCAUAGGUGGUUUAAAGCUAGGGAUCUCUCUAACUUUGAGUUGGAGAUUGUCCAAGUGGCCAUAGAAUCUCUUCAUGAUAAGGAGCCACCAAGUCUCAAGUCUAAAGCUGCGGUCAUCUACAUAGCAUACAAGGAUUUGGCCAAGGCUAGGACUGGUGAGCCUUAUCACUACCAAGCUGUGGUGAGACGAGUCAUCAACGAAGCUACAGGAACAUUGAGCAUCCAAGGUGAUUGCUGGAGCAGCAGCAGCAACGGCUUAGGAGUUCAUAAGCUAUGGAGGUUGUCUAGUACUAGGUGGUACGAGAACCGUGGCCUCUGCUCUUCCCCCAUGAGUUGUUUAGCUAUUUGGUAACUUAAGACAUUUGAAGAUGCAUGGUAGUAUUUAACUAUUAAUUAGUGAUGUUUAUGUAUUGUGUGUUUUUGGUCUCUAUUUAAGACAUUUGUAUCGGAUGUAGUAGUAUUUAACUAUUAUUAGUGAUGACUCUAUUUAUGUUUUUGGUCUAUCUAUUUAAGACAUUUGAAGAUGUGUAUGGGAUGAUAGUAUUGAACUACUAUUAAUUAGUGAUGCUUAUGUAAUUUUGUGCU